AGGAGCUAAAUUUAGCUCUCUUCCACCUUCGCCUCCUCUCCCUCCCUCCCUCUCUCUCCGACGGUUGCUCCUCUGUCCGCCACAGCUUUCUCGGUCCAGUGGAGUUGAGAUCCAUCCGGACGUGGACUGGUUUCCUUCUUUCUGCGGUUCGUCGUCGUCUUCUUUGUCGCGAGGGGACUGGGUUCUUCUUCUUCUUCUUCAGCGUGCAGGUGGCCAAGAUCGACACCGGUUGCCUCCAUACAACUUAUUGGUAUCCAACCAAGGCUGACAUGAUGUUUAUUUUCCAAAAAAAAUUGGGGUUUCGACUGACCCCCCAUGCUCCAUGCCAAAUCCGCCCCUGAAAUUUCUGUUGUCUGCUAAUCCUUCUGCUAUCUCAACUCAAAAGAAUCGCAAGGGUUAGGAUUCACCGUCGUGGAAUGAUCGGAAAUGGCGCACAAUAAAGCCAUGCUGCAGAGUUCAGCAGAGUCCGCUGUACGGUCCAUUGGUCUUGGCUUUGACCUGGCUACCGAUAUCCAUCUCAAGUACUGCAAGCAGCGAAAUUUGCCUGACCCGUCGCUGAUCGAGCUUGACCAUGGUGAGGUUCAGGAUAUCGUGCUUCCCGGUGGCCUGACAGUUGCCAGUGUGCCCAAGUCAAUUAAGUGUGACAAAGGGGAACAGAUGAGGUUCCGGUCCGAUGUCCUAUCAUUUCAGCAGAUAAACCCCCAAUCGAGGAAUUACAUCAGUUUUUGGAGUUCCAGCUUCAAAGGCAGUGGGCACCUGUUUACAGUGACCUCGCUCUGGGUCCUCAGAGGAGAAGACAAAGCAGUGCAUCUUUACCAGUCAAUUUAAUCGGUCCAAAGCUUUAUGUUUGUACCAACAUGGUAUGGAUGGCUUCUGCUAUCAUCGUAAUUGAAGCAGUUUUCUUUCUACAUUUCAUUCUUUUCUUUUUUAUAUAAAAAAAUACGAUCGUACCAUUUCAGAAUUUAACCCCUCUUUCACAAUUUUUGAACGGCAUCUCUUGCUGCAGGUUGAGUGGGUAAAAGACCAGUAACAGGGGUCCGGUUGUUUCUUGAAGGAAGGAAGAGCAACAAAUUAGCUAUACAUCUCCAGCAUCUCUGCUCUCUCCCUCGGAUUAUUCAGCUUCAAGAUGACCCUUACAAUCACCAAACUCCAGAAGCAUAUGACCGCAAAUACUACGAACCAAUCGAGCCAUGGAAACGUUUCUCCCAUGUCUGCACAGCACCAGUUGAGUCAGACGAAGAUUUAUCCAUUGUCACAGGGGCACAAUUAGAUGUGGCCAACCAUGGCUUCAAGAAAGUACUGUUUCUUCGCCUGCAUUUCUCCAAAAUAUGCAAUGCCGCCCUUGUCAAGAACCCUGAGAAUUCUCCCAACCUGGCUCAGAAAUCAGGCCUUAUCUGAACACUCAUUAGCACGCAUUUCUCUGCAGUAGCUCAAAAGCCCCCACCGCGCCCCGCUGAUGUGAACAUCAACUCGGCAGUGUACCCUGGUGGCCCACCUGUUCCAGUGCGGAAACCAAAGCUGCUCAAGUUUGUUGAUGCAACAGAGAUGAUGCGUGGGCCGCAGGACUGGCCAGGCUAUUGGGUGGUUUCAGGCGCAAAGCUGAACCUUGAGAGGGGUAAGAUAUCAUUGCGUUUGAAAUACUCACUGUUGACAGCUAUGUUGCCUGAUGAUGAGUUUCCAUUUGAUGACGAGUGUUACAACCUGGAACAAACGAAACCUGUGUAGCUAACAUUGAGGAUACAAACGAAGGAUCCUAGGAUUUGCAUAGCUUUUGUGCAUUUGUUCGAAGUUUCUGUUGUAUACGAUGUGGUUUUUGAACACCAAAGCAUAAAUGAGUUCUCCUGAAUGGAGUGACAAUUUGUUGUACCAUUUCUUUGUAACGUGGCAUUUAGUGGUCAGUGUUAGAUGAUAGGUCAAAUUAUUUGUAUAUAUAAGAUGAAACAAAAAAUAUAGAGAACCUUUACAGUACACCAUGAUACUAGAUGGUGGAGAGUAUCAUUGUUGUGAUCCAACCGUCUAUUUUAGUAGGUAUUAUUGUAAUUAUCUUGAUA